AAAGACGACAUUCGCACGGCAGCAGCUGCACGUGAACUAACAGCACGAAGAGCGCAUGCCCGGCAUCCGCUCCCUGGCUUGGCGGGACUAUGGCUGAGACGAACUCAAACUUUAGGGAAGCUUCUCGUCUUGCCAAACCCCGCCCACUUGUGACACGAGACGCAGUCCUGAAUAACCCCGCCCCUCAUUCGCUCUCCCCUCCGCGAUUUCCGACUUCUGCUCUCACCCCUCACGUAUAGUAGACGGAGUUUACAAUUUGGAUCUGCUUGCAGUCUGAUCGAGCGGCGGCGACGGCUCUGCUGGGAAUGAAGCGGCUAAUUCAUCAUCGUGGCCUCACUGAACUUCAGAUGUACUGGGGUACUGUGCUGGCCUGGCUCUUUUAGCGACUCAACUGCCUAUGGAGUUCCAAGUUUGUCUAUACAAGGUAGAGCAGCUCCUGGGGAGAGAGCACCUGGAACCCUUCAUCUUCCUGUGCAGAGAUGUGGCUGGCAGAGACCUGGGACACGUGUCCUCAUUCACUGAGCUCUUCAGUGAGUGGAAGAGAAUGGACCUCCUGUCAGCAGACGACAUGUUCCUUGUUGCCGAGAUGCUCUACCGAACCCGGUGCUUCUGGCUGCUUCGAAAGCUGGGCCUGGACAAGAACAAGGUGAAGGAGUGUCUGCCAGAGAAAGGGAGAGUUUCAGCGUACAGGCAGAUGCUGUUUGACGUCUCUGAGGACCUGGGGAAAGGAGAGCUGCGAGACAUGAAGUUCCUCCUGCAAGAGACCCUGCCAGUCGCCAGACUGGAGGAGAGCCUGACUGUUCUUAAACUUUUUGAAAUGAUGGAAAAGGAAGAUGUUCUAGACCAGGAGAACCUGUGCAUUCUUCAGGAUGUGCUGAAGCGUAUAAACAAGACCUUGUGGAAAAAAGUGGAAACAUUUCGGCAAGAGAUGGUCUGUUGCUCACAGGAAACCCAGGACCCAAGUCUGGAAUCGUGGGUACACAAUCAAAGUAGAAGUGAGCUCUCCCAGCCGGAGCACCCACCUCAGCAGGAGGUGUCCUUGGAUCAGCAAAGCUUGCAGUCACUUGAGUUCAUUGAUGUUCAGAUGGUGAAACUCGACCUGCAUGCUGGCGCUGGAGUCCUGGAGCCUAUGCCCCCAGGUGACGUGGAUGGUAGAAGCCUGCGGCCGGCGUCUCUGGAUGGCCCCGUCUGCUGCUCACGUGAAUCGUUUGUUACCCGCACACAGCAGCCUCUGGAAGUGUACGACAUGAACCGGCCCAGCAGAGGAUUCUGCCUCAUCUUCAACAAUGGAGACUUUGCAGAGUCGCGCUCUGUGAGCUCAGAGGGGACAGACAAGGAGCCGCUGAGUGACAGGACAGGGACAGACGUGGAUGCUGACCACCUGGAGGCGGUGUUCCAAUGGCUCGGCUUCAACACCGUCCGCCGGGACAACUUUUCACAGGCGCAAAUCCAGCAAACGUUAGAGGAGUACAAGGACAAGGACCACCGGGACCGGGACUGCUUUGUAUGUUGCAUUCUCACCCACGGGACCACAGGGCGGGUGUUUGGGACUGACGGGAAGGCCUUAUCCAUCAACAAGCUGACGACCCCCUUCUCAGGAUUUAACUGUCCGCACCUGAGGGGCAAACCCAAGCUGUUCUUCAUUCAGGCCUGCCAGGGCUCCAGGAAGCAGCAUGGCGUCUCUCUGGAAGUGGACGGCUGCACCCUGGAAGAUGAAGACGACGCUUCCAUCCCAAAGGACAUCAUUCCUGAGGACUCGGACUUCCUCAUCGGCAUGUCCACAAUGGAUGGCUUUGUAUCGUUCCGCCAUCGUACCAAUGGGACGUGGUACAUCCAAGCCUUAUGUAAGAGUCUGCAGGCGCUGGUGCCAAGGGGCGCCCAUAUGUUGGACAUCCUGACCAAAGUGAACAACGACGUGAGUCAGCAGACCGACAAGACCGGUCGCAGGUGGCAGAUUCCACAGCCAGUGUUUUCACUGCGGAAGCUUGUCAUUUUCCCAAAUCCUGAGCGCCCACCUCCAGUGUUGGGGUCCUGUGUGAUCAGUGAAGACGACUGAGUCCACCUGAUUGCUCAUCAUGGAAAUUUACUAACAAUCUGAUCCUGCCAUCCUUGGUCAGGGUGAUCUUUGGAUGGAAAGAGUGCCAGUGCCAAUCUGGUGACUGGAGGAGGCCAGUACGCUGCUGUGGGUACCGCUUCGUGAUGCUUUUCGGUGCGCAUCAUGGAGGCCUCGGGCACAAUUCACUAGAUGCCCCUUUGCCUACCCACCAGGUGGAGGGAGACGGUUUUUGUUUUCAUGUUCUCACUUGCUACACUACACCCUGCAGAAAGCCAGUGUGCCCCCUUGUGGCAGCUACAAUGAACUGUGCCAUUCCUCGGCCACCUAAAAGUGUCACUCGGGGCUCAGGAGCUGGGAUCUGCUGACUGGUCACAGUUGGUGGUUCUUAAGGGGUUGUGUCUGGCAGGAGCUGGGCUCUUGUCAUGUGCAAAAAUGAACAUUUUCUAGUAAACCUGGUUAACCUUUU